UUCGAGUUUCAAGUUGAACCCCACCCUCCGCUAAACUAGCUCAACUCCUCUUUGCAACUCUCCUUUCGGCGUUAGCAGUGGUCAAGAUCGACCCUGCUACAUAAAAUAAUCUGGUAUUACUUGAAACAUCGUGUAAUAUUUACGACCUUACACAAUGUCUAGCAGUAGUUGGAACAAUAGCCGCGGCGGAAGCGGCGGUUCCAAAUUCGGAGGAGAAAGGAAGUUCGGCAGUAGUAAUGGAUCUUCUCGAUUCAGCAACGGGGGAUCUAAGUUUGGUGGAGGUGGCGGUGGGGGCGGUGGUAGAUUCGGUGGUUCUGGCGGUGGGUUUGGAGGCAAAAAAGAUUUUACCGGUGGCCAGAACAUGCGUCGUCCAAACUGGGAUUCUAUGUCGCUACAGCCAUUUAACAAAGAUUUCUACAACCCACAUCCAACUGUUCUAAGCAGAUCCCCCUAUGAAGUCGAAGAAUACAGAAGUAAACAUGAGAUCACUGUCAGUGGGGUUGAAGUCCCUAAUUCUAUUCAAAACUUUGAUGAAGCCAACUUUCCUGAUUACGUUAAUCAAAGCAUAAGCAACAUGGGUUACAAAGACCCUACGCCUAUCCAGGCUCAGGGAUGGCCAAUUGCUAUGUCUGGAAAGAAUUUAGUAGGUAUUGCUCAGACAGGCUCAGGAAAGACCCUUGCCUAUAUUUUGCCUGCUAUUGUUCACAUUAACAACCAACCUCCUAUCAGGCGCGGAGAUGGGCCUAUUGCCUUAGUAUUAGCACCAACUAGAGAAUUAGCUCAACAAAUUCAGCAAGUUGCUUCUGACUUUGGCAAUUCUGCCUAUGUUCGUAACACUUGUGUAUUUGGUGGUGCCCCUAAAAGAGAACAAGGCCGUGACUUGGAACGUGGAGUUGAAAUUGUUAUUGCUACACCUGGAAGGUUAAUUGAUUUCUUAGAAAAAGGUACCACAAACUUGCAGAGAUGCACAUAUUUGGUACUUGAUGAAGCUGAUCGUAUGUUGGACAUGGGUUUUGAACCUCAAAUCAGGAAAAUCAUUGAACAGAUUCGUCCUGACAGACAGACUUUGAUGUGGUCAGCAACAUGGCCGAAAGAAGUGAGAAAGCUGGCUGAAGAUUACCUUGGAGACUAUCUACAAAUUAACAUUGGAUCAUUACAAUUAUCAGCAAAUCACAACAUCUUACAAAUUGUUGAUGUUUGUCAAGAACAUGAAAAGGAAAACAAGUUAAAUGUACUGUUACAAGAAAUUGGACAGAGCCAAGAGCCUGGAGCAAAAACAAUUAUAUUUGUAGAAACCAAGAGAAAAGUAGAAAAUAUCACUAGGAAUAUUAGACGAUAUGGAUGGCCUGCAGUUUGCAUGCAUGGUGACAAAACACAGCAAGAGAGGGAUGAAACAUUAUAUCAAUUCAAACAAGGCAGAGCUAGCAUUCUAGUAGCAACUGAUGUUGCUGCCAGAGGACUUGGUAAAUAUUUUUUAGGGAAUUUUUAAAAUUAAUUUAUCAUAAAUGAAUGCUU